GAGCUUCCAGGAGGAGGAGCGGUGAGACGGCCUGCUGUUAGCGGGGAGACGGAGCUGGAGGAGCGGCUGGAAGAGACUCGAGACACCGCAGCUCGGUUCACUCCUUUGACAACAUGUGUAAAGUCCAAAUGCUGAGAGCGUUGGUGAAGCAGCGACUAACUGCGGCUGCUGAAGAGAUAUGUGGGCUGUUUGAAAGAACGAUAGCAGAGUACGAGGAGGAACUCUCUCGAUCAAAAGAGGAGAACGAGCGACAACAGAAACUACUGGACGCUGUUUUACACCCUCAGUUUCGAACAGAUGUCGACAAAGUUACUGUGAGCAAAGAAGAGGUUCCCCCUGAGCAGCAGGAGUGGAGCUCCAGUCUGGACCAGAAGGACCCAGAGCCUCCACACAUUAAAGAGGAACAGGAGGAUCUCUGGACCAGUCAGGAGGGAGAGCAGCUUCAAGGGCUGGAGGAGGCUGAUAUCGUCAAGUUCCCAUUCUCUCCGGUCCCUGUGAAGAGUGAAGAAGAUGAAGAGAAAUCUCAGUCCUCACAGCUUCAUCAAAGACAAACUGAACAGAUGGAAACAGAAGCUGAUGGAGAGGACUGUGGAGGACCAGAACCAGAUACUGAUGACAAGACUGGAGACUCUUGUGAACCUGACACAAAUGCACAUGAUGAUGAUUUAAAGGGUCAGUCAAGUUUAAACACAUUGAAAAAUAACGGAUGUAAUACUGACAAGAAAUCAUUUCGCUGCUCUGAGUGUGGGAAACGAUUUAGCCAAAACUCAAAUCUGAAAAUACACAUGAGAAUUCACUCAGGAGAGAAACCUUUCAGCUGCUCAGUUUGUGGUAAAAGAUUUAUACAGAAGAUUCAUAUGACACACCACAUGGCAGUUCACACAGGAGAGAAACUAUUCAGCUGCAGUGUUUGUAACAAAAGAUUUGCCUGGCGUCGACAGAUCAAAAAACAUAAAUGUGUUGGUCAUCAGUCCUCACAGCUUCAUCAGAGUCAAACUGAGGAGAACAGAGAGGCAGAGCCUCCAGCCAGCAGCUCAACUGAAAAGAUGGAAACAGAAGCCGAUGGAGAGGACUGUGGAGGACCAGAACCAGCCAGGAACUCAGAUCCAGAUACACAUCAAGAACCAGAUACUGUUGACAAGACUGGAGACUCUUCUGAAGCUGAGACUGAUGACAGUGAUGACUGGAAGGAGACCAGAGAACCUCAGUCAGGUUUAAGCUCUCCGAAUAAUGAUGAAGUUCCUGUCAGUGAUGAUAGAUGUAGUGCUGGUGAGAAACGAUUCAGCUGCUCUGAGUGUGAUAAAAUAUUUGGCCUCAGGGGAAAUCUGAACAGGCACAUGAGAACUCACACAGGAGAAAAACCUUUUAGUUGCUCUGUUUGUAAGAAAUCUUUUGCACGACGUGGAGAUUUACUGUUACACAUGAGAAUCCACACAGGAGAGAAACCUUUCAGCUGCUCACUUUGUACGAAAUCUUUUAGACGGAGUGGAUGUUUACAGACACACAUGAGAAUCCACACGGGAGAGAAACCUUUCAAUUGCUCGGUUUGUGAUAAAAGAUUUUUGCGCAAGACACAUCUGAAGAGACACAUUAAAACUCACACAGGAGAGAAACCUUUCAAUUGCUCAGUGUGUGAUAAAAGAUUUACAAUAAGAGCAAAUAUGACAUACCACAUGGCCGUCCACAGAGGAGAGAAACGAUACAGCUGCAGUAUUUGUGACAAAACAUUUGCCUGGUAUCGACAGGUCAAAACACAUCAAUGUGUUGGUCAUCAGUCCUCACAGACUCAUCAGAGUCAAACUGAGGAGAACAGAGAGGCAGAGCCUCCAGCCAGCAGCUCAACUGAACAGAUUAAAACAGAAGCUGAUGGAGAGGACUGUGGAGGGCCAGAACCAGCCAUGAACUCAGAUCCAGAUAGACAUCCAGAACCAGAUACUGAUGACAAGACUUCACACUGUUCUGCACCAAAGUCUAAAGUCCCUGUAAAUGAUAUCGGAUUAAAUAAUGGUAAGAAACCAUAGAAGGCGGACGGUCAAGCCGCCCCACAUCCAGUACGUCAACCGUGCUGCGUUCAACACAAGUGGGAAUUUCGGAAGCUUGUCAAUGUCCUGUGCUGCAUUUACGAUGCCCCCCCUGUUCUUUUUCAUUUACACAAAUGUUGUCAUGUAUAAAACUAAAUGUCAAAUGAUGCAUAAACAUUUCUCAAUUGUCAGAAAAUUACCCGUGUACCAUUUAUACUGAGUUACCCGUCAUUUUAAUAGAGUAUCUCUGGUUGUAUUAGGUAAUUGUAGGCAAUAUUGAAAACCACUAAACAGGACUACUUUAUAGCAGUAUUUGAUUUUAAUAUGAUUUUUUUCAUCAAUGUGAUGACAUAACUUCAUCUGUAAAGUAUUUUUGCUGGAUUAGCCAAUAAAUUCAUUAACAGUU